GCCAAACACGCCUACCGCCAAUCGCCCGACGGAACCCAUCGAUUAUCCAAUAACCGACCGGUCGGCUACCAGUUAGUUGCUCGGUUAACUGAGUUAACCGCAAGUUUUGAUUCGAGGUCGUGUCUCCUGAUUGUUAUCCUUAUCCAUCGCUUUUCUUUCUUUCUGCUCUUCUUGGAACUGCAAAAGAAAACAAAAGGCCGGGAAAAUCAAAACCAUAAAUAGCUUCAGAGGAAAAUGAGAAUGGAGGUCCAACAUGCAUCACCUCCACCAGACAACUCCAUAAGCAACCUCAUCCUCCUAUUCCUCCGCCAUCUUCUCUCCUCUCCUCAUCCCAAAAUUCUCCCCCCCCCCCCCCCCCCACCUCUACUCCAGAAGACAGCUGGCUCAACGGACGAACAGCGGCGGGGGAUUAUGGUUGGCGACGGAGGAACGGCGGCGGAGGACUGUGGCUGCGGCGAGUUGUGACUAUGGCUGGCGGCUCUGGAACGACGGCGGAGGAAUGACGGUUGCUGCUGCUCGUGGACUGGUCGGGGUCUUGGGGAGGAGAUGGCGGAGCAGCAGUGGCUGGGCGCGGGUCGUGGAGGGAGAUGGCGGAGCAGCAGGCGCCGGGCGCGGGUCGGGGAGAUUCGCCUUGGCGUUCGCCGUUCAGCCUGAACGGUUCAGGCAGGGGAGAAGGGAGUCAAGGCAGGCGGGCGGCGGCAGAGACUUCUUUUCGUGUCGCGAUGCAGAGAAGAGAAGGGAAGGGGAUGAGGUGGGCGGGUGACUGGAUUUAGGGUUAGGUUUUGACUCUUGCGGCCUCGUUUUACAAAAAUGAGGUGGGUUAGAUGCGUCGGUUAGUCGGUUAACCGACGGUUAUCGUCCUCGGUUAGCCGGUUAACCGCCACAUCCAACUUCCCUACCGAACACUGCACGACCACAUAAUUUUCGGUUAGUUGGUUAACCAGUAACCGCCGGUUGUCGGUUUAACCGGCCGGUUAACUAGCAACCGAUAACCGAACCUCCGGGCCUAGCAGAAAAUAGUUGGCUAUAAUAGCCUAUAUCUACUCUAUUAAAUCAAAACAAAGGGCUUAAAAGCGCAGAAGAUCAUCAGCAAAAAGCCUGUCCAAGGCAAACCAAGGUGGCCUGUCCAACCAUCUUAACCGAUCAAUCAGGCAUCAGCAUUUAGUUUGGAUUUUGGCGCCGGCGUCGCGGUGCACUGCGCCGGAGUCUCGGUUUGAGCAAAACCCUUAAAACCCUCCAAGCCGUUAACUGUCUAGUAAGGAGCUUCAUUGUCUAGUUCUACAACAGCAAGUUGAAGGGUGAAAAAAUAAGGAAUGGGUAGUGAAGUUGAAAGCGGUCUGGAAGAUAUAUUGAAGACUUUGUUGGAGCAGCUUCAGGCGGCAUGCGGGAUUUUUGAGAGAAUUGUUUAUAAGAACAAGAACCAGCACCGCGGAUGCUCCUAUUUCCAGUACCUCCUAAAGGUAAUAGGCUCUCUUUCGGCUGUCAAUCUUUCGAUUCCGUGUUUCGAUUCGUGAGCAAAAGAAAGCUGAGUGGCAACACAUGCGACUCGGCUCUGAAACUUUUCAUAACCAGGUGUUGUUUUGUAUCCUUAUCGAGGUUGUUGAUUUCGUGUUGUUUACUUGGCGGUGAUGUUAGGUGAGAAGGGACUUAAGGCUUGUGGCUUCUUGCUUCAUAACCCAUCCACAUUGUUUUAGGGACCCCUUAUCUUUAAUUGAUGGAUUCCCGCUUUUCGGAUGAUGAUUUGGAAAUGAAGAUGGUUAUAAUUGCAUCUAGAUUUUUGUCAGUUGGCAGCCUUGUGAUUGGAGUUCUCUUCUUUUCCUGGGAAGAUUAUUCAAAGAGAAACUAUCAGUUAUGGAACUUUUCAUCUACAUUAGUGGAAAGUGCUCGUUUUCUUUCUCUCGUGUGGUUUGGAGAUCAUCAUUAUUAUCCAUGCUUGGAAUCUGAAGAGCUGAUCAUUAGUUAUGCUAUUCUUGUAGGAUUUUGAAAAUUGUCUGACCAUCUGUUAAAUACCCUUAUCAAUUUGGCAUCCUUCUCUCUUCAAAAGAGAUUGUGUGAUUAAAUGACAGUGGAAAGA